CCCGCCGAGCCUCGGGAAGGAUGGCAUCCAUGGGUAUAUUCCCAAAACAGAGGGGCGUUUGCGAAAGACGGGGAGCCCGCGGUCGGCAUUGAACACCGGAGGGAGUAGAGGAGGAGGCAAUCCCCCCGGCUCCUCCCUGUUAUCUUCCCCAAUUUGCCCCCUUCAGAGGAGCCCUAGAUUUUUGGGGCAAUCCCCAAAAUCCUUUUCCCCUCUCUCUACGUAGAGACGCCUUUCCUUCUCCUCCCAAACUUCCAUCCCGCUUUCGAUUUCCAUGUCGUCGUUCCCGAGGGUAUCUUUAUGAAACAAGGCGAAAUUGUAAGGAAAGCCCAAUGCAGUAGGACAAGGGUCUUUAGAAGUCCUUUCGAGACUCCACAUGAAACAGUAUCUAUGAUGACUUGCUGGCUCUGAAGACGACGUGAAAAGUUGAAUUUCUGUAUUUUGUUGAGCAUGAAGAUUUUUCAGAGGCUUUUACCAUGUAUCCAGAAUCAUGCAUGUUUUUUAUAUGCUUCAAGUCUGUCAACGAAACCUGUUCAAAGUGCACACAAAUUAACCCAGGUGCAAGGUUUCAGUAGUAUUGCAGGCACUGAGUUAGCAUCUGUCAGUAAAAUGGUGAGUGUGGAUAAGUAUCCUAGCUUAAGGAGAGAUGAUCUUGGAAGGAUGUCUAAUGCUUGUCAGACAAGAAGUUUUCUUGGUUGUGUUGAUGGUGAAGAGGGAGAUAUUCUAUCAAAGAACUAUGAGGAGAGGCGAGUUAUUGGGUACUCUCCAGAGCAGCUAUUUGCUGUUGUUGCAGCUGUUGAUUUGUAUCAAGAUUUUGUCCCUUGGUGCCAGCAGUCAAAGAUAGUCCGGCACAAUGUUGAUGGUUCACUUGAUGCAGAAUUGCAGAUUGGUUUUAAAUUUUUUGUUGAAAGCUACAUGUCUCAUGUGGAAAUGAAGAAGCCUCGGCACAUAAAGACAAUAGCUUCAGAAAGUGGAUUGUUCGAUCACUUGAUUAACAUCUGGGAGUUUGACCCUGGUCCUAUCCCGGGAACCUGCAACCUCCAUUUCUUGGUGGAUUUCAGAUUCCAGUCACCCCUUUAUCGACAGGUGGCGUCUAUGUUCUUCAAAGAGGUGGUCUCCAAACUGGUUGGUUCAUUCAGCGAUCGUUGCCGUUCCAUCUAUGGUCCGGGUGUUCGUGUCCUGGAAACUGAGUAUGGAGCCACAUGAUUACGGUGAAAUGACCAAAAUUUCAUAUCGUCUCUUUAACUCUUAUUGUUAUUAUUAUCAUUAUUUUUCAUUGUAUUAUUCAACCAAAGUUCCUCAGGCGGCUAAGCUGCAACAAUUUGGUUGUUUUUUUUUGGUCUGUGCACUAUGGGGAGCAGCCUGCAUUACACUGUACAUGUAAUCCAUUCUUUCAAAUGACUAGAGCUUGCGGCGGAUGCCAUUUCUGACAAUGUACAAACUGUGAGCAUGAAGUGUUUAUGUUUCUGAACAUUUGGACUCUAAA